AUGGCCAAUUUCUACUUUGCGCCUGGCUGCAACCCGACCUUCAUUUACGUACAAGCCCCAGCCACCCCUGCCGCCGCCGCCGCCACCACCGCCGCCACUGCUGCUGCUGCUGCUCCUGCUGCUGCUGCUGCUCCUGCUGCUGCUGCCAGCGCCGCCGCCGCCGCUGCUGCCGCCGCUCGCCGCGCCCGGCCUGCCCUGCCUCCCUCCGGGCCCCGCCGCCCCCACGCCCCUGCCCCUCCCGCCCCCACCGCUGCCGAGCAGCAGCAGCGGCGGGAGGAGAAGAAGGCCAAGAAAAAGGCCAAAAGAAAGGCCAAGAGGGCCGCCAAGCGCGAGGAGGCCAAGAAGGCCAGAGAAGACGCUGCUGCUGCUGCCGCAGCAGAGCCUGAAGUGAAGGUGAAGAUCGAGGCCGACGAGGCUGAGGCCAAUCCCGCUCUUGGCGAGGUCACGGGAACCGGGUAA